ACGCCUCGCUUCCUCUCUCUAAAACCUACUCGCUCCCUCAAGCUUUCUCUCUCUAAAAUUCUCGCAAACCCUCUUUCUUCCUCUCUCUCGCGUCUCUUCCGGCUUUAACAAAUCGUUCUCAGAUCUCGUUAGCCCUGGGAUUGGUAGAAAAAUUUAUUGAUGGCCCCGGCCAGAAAAUCCAGAAGUGUAAAUAAGCGGUUUUCAAAUAUAGACCAGAUUUCUCCGGAUAAUUCAAACAAAAGUAAACAAAAGAAGAGGAAAUUUUCAGAUAAGUUAGGAUCCCAGUGGACCAAGGGAGAGCUUCGGUGCUUUUAUGAAGCAUAUCGAAAAUAUGGAAAAGACUGGGAAGAGGUAGCUGCUGCACUGCAGAACAGAUCUGUUGAAAUGGUAGAAGCCCUUUAUCACAUGAAUAUGGCAUAUUUGUCCCUCCCUGAACGAACAGCUUCUGUCGUAGGCCUCAUUGCAAUGAUGACCGAUCACUACAACGUCAUGGAAGCAAGUGACAGUGAGCGAGAGAGCAAUGAAGUUUCUGGUAUGCCAUCUCAACCUCAGAAACGUAAGAGGGCUAAAAUUCAUCAAAAUGGGUUCAAAGAAGAUCUUUUGUCUCACUCUAAGGCAUCUAGUGAUGGAUGCCUAUCAUCAUUGAAAAAGGUCUACUUGGAUGGUGGUCAGCCUCGUGUGGUUAAGAAAAGGACACCACGCUUCCCCACUUUCUAUAAGAAAGAUGAUGCAGAAAAUCAUGUUUCUCCUAAGAUAAAAGUUAGGACAGCGGAGGUUGAUGCUAAUGGCGACAAGGGUGCCCAUGUUGCAGCCCUUGCAUUAACUGAGGCUUCAUUGAGAGGAGGCUCUCCUCCUGUCUCCAGGGCAGCAAACAGAAGAAUGGAGCUCAUUAAGUCACCAGCUGUUCCACACUUGGAAAGGGCGAUGUCACAACCAGAAAACGGUGAGGCCAAACUUCAUGAUUCUUCUAUAACUGGAAACUGGUUGGAGAGUGGUGUAGGAAUUAGGGUGGCUGAAAACAGUUCUUCCACUGGAGAUACAAUCUCCAUGGUGGAUAUGGAAGGUUUAAGUGCAGUUGAAAUUCAUCGAAAGGGGAAAAAGAUCUACAGAAAGAAAGGGAGAGUUGAAAUGAUUCAACGUGGCUAUUCUGACAACGAAGAAGGAACAUGUAGUGGCACUGAAAAACUCAAAGCCAAUUCUCUUAGUGGGGAUGCAUACAUUGCUGUGUCAAAUACUAAAGAUGAGCAGAAUUCCUCGCAGGGUCAAAGAAAGCGAAGCAAGAAACUUUUCACAAUAGAUGAAAGCCAUGCCUUGUAUGCUUUGCAAAUAUUGGCGGACGUUUCAAUUAGGGAACUUGAAUCAUCUGUCCAGUUGAAAGAUGAAACGGUUGUAAUGGAUGAAGGUGACAAAUUUAAUGUACCCGAAGCUGUUAGCUUUCAUAAAGGGAAAACAAAAAACCUGGGCUCAAAAGAAAAAGUAUUUCACACAAUUACUACACGUGAGGCUACUACCUCAAGAAAGUCCAAGCUGGGAAAAAACUUAGCAUUUGAUGCCAAAGCUGUCUGUGGAACAAAAGUGUCACCACAAGUAGCCAGUAAUAAGCUCAAGAGAAAACGCAAUUCAUUGGUAUCAAAGAUAUCAGAUGUUGAAGCUCAUAUAGAUUCUCAUUUGAGAGUGCCCUUAGAAACUGAGGUCUUGGCUGAAGAGGAGAAUAUAAUUAAGAUGAAUGGUAGACGGAGUGACCAAAUUUCUUCUCCUUUAAAACAAUGGCAAUCAGUGGGAGCGCCUGGGGAUUCCUCUACUGACAGUUAUGGGACAACAUUGCAGGUUGAUCUAGAGGUAUCAACUACACAAGUUUCUUCGUCUAGUCAAGUUAGUUCACUUAGUAAAAGAAGCAGACGUAAGAUGGAUCUAAAGAAGGCAUUCUUCCCGAAAGAGAUGAAGACUUCUGAUAACACACUGAAGUUUCAGGAUAACAUAUUGAAGUUCAUGCUCAAAUUACAGGAAAAGCUUUGUAGUUGCUUGUCCUCUCGGCUAGUACAAAGAUGGUGCAUCUCUGAAUGGUUAUAUAGUUCAAUUGACUACCCUUGGUUUGCUAAAAGGGAGUUUGUAGAAUACUUAAAUCACGUUGGAUUGGGGCACAUCCCGAGGCUAACUCGUGUGGAAUGGGGCGUCAUAAGAAGCUCUCUUGGCAAACCUCGGAGGUUUUCCGAACAUUUUCUAUGUGAAGAGAGGGAAAAACUCAAUCAGUACCGAGAAUCUGUCCGAAAACAUUAUACUGAACUUCGUAGUGGUAUUAGGGAAGGCCUUCCAACAGACUUAGCUCGGCCUCUAUCAGUUGGACAGCAAGUAAUUGCCGUUCAUCCCAAAACAAGAGAUGUUAACGAUGGAAAAGUGCUUACAGUUGAUCAUGACAAGUGCAGGGUUCAGUUCGACCGUCCUGAGAUAGGUGUUGGAUUUGUCAAGGAUAUUGAUUGCAUGCCUGCAAAUCCUUUGGAUAAUAUGCCUGAAGUUAUUAGGAGACAGAGGUUUCCAAUACCAAAGGAGGUGCAAGCACAUGGACAUUCUAACACUGGAAGCUCCAUGACAUUCACAUCAUGCGGGCAUCAGGAGAGGGCUUCUAGUCCGAUAAAUACUUUGGUCAAGCAGGCAAAAACAGAGCUUUCCCUUUCACAACCCAAAGCAACAACUAACGACGUCGGGGUGCAAGUGGCUGAUAUUCGAUCUUCUAAUUUGGCAUCUUCUGCUUUAGCUAAUCUGAGGCAACAGAAUACUUGCAAAGGAAGUCUUCUACCUCCUUGGCUGAAGCCCCAAGUUGCUUCCAAUUUUCAAGUUGACUUGUCAAGUUCGCCUGAGAGCUCAGUUUCCCAAGAAUUGGGAUCUAGUGUGGUCGAAAUUGUCAGAGGAUCAAGAUCAAAAGCACAUACAAUGGUGGAUGCUGCUAUUCAGGCAAUGACAUUAUUGAAGGAAGGGGAAGAUCCAUUCAUGAGAAUUGGAGUGUCUUUGGAAUCUGUGGAUAAAAGGCAACUAACAUCUGAUUCUAGGGUGCCAUCGGUAAGGUCUUCAGAGCAGGUCAAUGGCAGUUUGGAUCAUUGCAAGCGCUCGAUCUCUUGCGCAUCAGAGCCUCAGCUUGCUAGUAGUGUAGCUGGAUCUGAUCCUCGAGAUGAUAAAGACAAAAAUGAUGCAAAAAUUCCUUCGGAGCUAAUAACUUCAUGUGUUUCUACUUUACUCAUGAUACAAACAUGUACUGAACGGCAAUAUCCUCCAGCUGACGUAGCUCAGAUAAUAGAUUCAGCUGUGACGAGCUUGCGUCCGUGCUGUCCUCAAAACCUGCCUAUAUACAGAGAUAUACAGAUGUGCAUGGGAAGGAUCAAAACCCAAAUACUAGCUCUAAUACCUACAUAAGUCUGAUGUUAUUUAUGUGGUCCUUGCCAUCAUUUCUGUGUAUAUAGCCUUGGCACCUUUCCUUCCAAGCUUCACUGAUUUAUCGUCCUUGAGCUAACAGGUGAAGACAAUUCUAUUGCUGCCAUUGACAUUCUAGAGACAAAAUUUUUCCUUUUAAUUUUCUAUUUUUUAAAUUAUACUGUAGUUAGAUUCUAUUUGACAUUUUUUGCCUUAUAUUCAAAUAAAGUAAAUGAAUUUUCAUUGUC